AUGGAAGCGGAAAAGCGUAAACAUGAGGAAGCUAUGGAGGAGGAAAAGCGAAAAGCCCUUGAGGUGCAAGAUAGAGUAGGAAUAGCAAGGCCUAGCAACAAUGACAGUGUUCAGGACCGUGAUCAGUCUGUGUUUGACAUCACUAAACAUUUGCGACUUGUACCUCAGUUUGACGAGAUGACCCAGAAGAAUUUUUCCAGCACUAAUGACAUUGCCGGUACUCGUGUUGUCCCUGAUCCUGUAGUGACCCCGACUCCUACGAUGGACAAUAAUACUAAAUUGCUUGAAGAUCAGUAUCCUGGUUUAUUCCCUGCCUGUGUUGUUACCAGAAGUAUCUCGCUUAGAGAUGGGCAGAAUAAUCGUGUUGACCCUGUUCCAAAUGUAGGUGACACACCACCAAGUGGUGCAGUUUGUGUUAUAAAUGACUUUGGUAUUAAGGACCUAUAUGUGUCUCAAGCCAAUUCUGUUGAUGACAGUGAGUCGUAUUUGACAGAAGCCAGUGGCGCCAGCGGCGAUAAUCCCCCUAAAGUCAUUGGUGACGUAUUUGACAACUCACUCUCAUCUAGUGUUGAUUCAACUUUAAAUACUGAUGUAAUCCCUAUAGAACAAGUGCCCAUAAAUAGGAAAAGAUUAAUUUCUGACCAGGAAAGUGAUCCAGAGUUGUUAGAGCUGAGUAACAGUGCUGUAAGCGAGGAGGAAGCUGAUGACUGGCCUCUAAAGGUUGAAGAUGUCACGAGGAUGCUACAGGAAUACAAGCACCUAUUUGGGGACGUGCCGUGGGCCUGUAACCUCAGAGAACUCCAGGUGACCCUUCUACCAGAGACGACCCCGAUCAAGCAAGCACCCUUUAAGACCAUCCCUGCCAAUAGGAAUAUUCUGAGGGAGGAAGUGGACGAUUUGCUUCAACACGAACUCAUUGAACCAAGCGACAGUGACUGGGUGUCACCGUGCGUGCUGGUGCCAAGACUCGACGGCUCCUUCCGCAUGUGUGCAGACUACAGGGCUGACACCUACCCUCUCCCACGUAUAGACGACAUCCUUGACAGCAUCGGGCAGGCAAAAUUCGUCACGAAGCUCGACAUUAUGAAUGGGUGCUAUCAAGUAAAGCUGGCAUGA